UGGGCCGACAAGUAAUUUGCAAAUCAUACCAUACCCUUAAAAGCUAAAAAGCACAUUAUUUUGAAAUCGCCCGCCUUAUACUUUUUUCAUUUCCCGCUCAAACCCCGAAAAACCCGAUCUGGUGGCGCAUAUUAGCAUUUCCGCCCCCUGUCUGCGAUCCAAAAUCCCCCCCCCCUCUCCUGCGCCGCCACGUAACGCCGACGAUGCCGAAACGAUUUACAAUCGCGCCGGCAAAUCUACCACCGUCACACUUCUCCAAAACCCAACGCUUAGUCCUCCUCGUAGACCUCCACCCACUGCUCACCCUCCAAAACCCUUCCUCCUACAUCUCCGCCGUCACCUCCGCCGCAGAUCGCCUCCUUCGUUUUCCUCCGCUCUCUGCCUCCCUCUCGGCCUUCAAACUCUUCUUCUCCUCCCUUUCUCCACUCCGCACCGCCGCUGUUCUCCCUCGCCAACUCUCAACCUCCUCACUCUGCUUCAAUCUUUUCUCCCAAACCCUAGAUUCCCUCUCCACCACCUUAAAUUCCAUUUCUACCAUCGCCGAUCUGCCAAAUUCUUCAUCUCGGGCUUCGUACACUGCGAGCUCGCUACUUCAGUUAAUUCACGACUAUGCGUGGGACACUGGAAACGAUAAUCUGUUAGGUGAGGAUGAUUCAAUUGAUGGCCGUUUUACGAAAAUUCCUUCUAACCUGGUUAUUUUGCUUUCGCCUAUUAGUCAAUCAAUUAAUUGUUUGGCUGAUUAUUUGGAUUUGCGUGAGUUAGAUGAGGUGUUUUCUGUUGUGAAGGAGGCAUUUGUUAUCAGGGACAUUCAUUUGUGUUGGGUAGAUGUAAAGAGUGAUGAAUUGGAUAUUCAAGGGGCUGAGGAGAAGAAAGAUGGAAGUGGGGAUAAAUUAGUUAAAUUAAGGGAUGGCAUUAGCAAAAUGGGAUGGGGAUUUUGCUCUAGUAAUUUUAUAGUUCUCGGCUCGGCUUUAAUGCCUUUAGCGCUGAUCUAUCCAAAAAUCGGGCUCCCGUUUGACUUCUUGGAUAUUGGUGGUUAUGAUAAGAUAAAAUAUAAUGGAGAAUUGAAUCUUGAGAUAUUGGGUGUCAAUGGGAUGCCAUUAGAAUGCAAGUUCUGUGAUCUUGAAUUUGUGAGCUUAAACAGUUUGCCUGCUAGUAUUGAUACUGAUGAUAUUUUUAAUUCCGACGAAUCUAGAAAUUCGCAGAGUUUGCAUGAUGAAGAUAAGCUCUGGGGUCGUUUGGGUAAAGGAAAUAUGAAACUGCAUGUUAAGAGUGUUCAUACAUAUGAAGGCUAUGAGAAGAGUAUAGGAUCGUCAGAGACCGUUUUGGUACGAGAGUGCUUUCAGGAGAUAGAGAAAAACAAAAAGAAGAAAGGAGAUGACUUCUUUGCAGAUAGGGUUCUUCAAACACUGCAUGAUGAAAUGGAUGGAGUCACUUCUAGAAAUCAGAUACCUACCUGGCAAAUGUUUUUGAGUUUUCUUCAUAUGAAAGGUUACUGCGCCUUGGUCUCAAUCUCUAAUGGAAAUGGAGAUACAUUUAUGUGUAGUUUGAAGCCUUUCACUUCCCAUUUAGCUAUCCUUUCUAUCUGCGAUCCUUGUAAUGUUUCUACUAGAGAUAAAAGUUCGCAAACCGAUACCUCCACUUCUGAUAAUUGUGAGCAGUACGCAAAUGGGAAAAGGAAAAAGAACCAAAUGCAUCUGUAUAAGGGGAUGACGUGGACUUCCUUCUGCAAAGCAGCCUUUGGAGGGUCUAAUUUUGAUUUGUUUGAGCUUUACGCUGCCAAAUACUUUGAAAAAUCUAAGAAGCUAAAGUUCCUCAAGUGUUGGAUGAAGCAAAUUUGCAAAGGCGAUAUAAGUUUCUUAACAACAUUGCCAGAAUCCAAGUCCGUGGAUGAAUCAUCUGCUUGUAAUGAUUUAUUGACUGAGCCAUCUCAAGCAAAAGAAGGAGCUCCGCCUGUUUUAAAUUCACAAACUUCAGAAUCCUUUUUCAACAACCUCUCUAAGAAAAUCGAGCAUGGUUUGGAAUCAGGGAUGGACUUGCAGAAUCUGGCGGAAGGAGUUGUCAAAUCAUGCAUCCAUUGGUUGCAUGACAAAUGCAAGAAUGAAAAUAAUUCUGAAGGUCAACAUUCAAUGAGGAAUUCCGAUGAUUGUAGUGAGGUGGUUGGUGGCAAAUUAAUUGAACUUCUACUAAAGUCACCAAAGGAAAUGAAGAAGAUACACCAGGAUUCCGAUCCCAGUUCAUCGUCCGAAAAUAUAGUCAGAGAAUAUGAAUUGCAGAUUUUUCUUCGACUAGAGGUCCUGCGAUCAGAUGUUUCAACAGUGAUGGGAGAAUCUAGAAAGAAGAAGCUGCUGAAGCAGAUAUGUUCCCUGUUAGAGAUUAUUCAGUACCUUGUUGCAGGAGGAAUUCACGGUCAUAUUAGCUUAUAUGAUUAUGUUGAGUGCACAAUCAAAGCAAGGUAUUCGGACAAACUUGAAGAAGUUGUGGAAAAGAUAUACAGUGAAAUGGAUUUGCUGCCAUUUGGUGACGAGGGUGAAAGUCCAAGUAUUCUAUUUAAUAGCGAGGAUAGCAAUCAAUCGUGGAGGGAUAGGCAUGAUGUAAACGAGAAGGCCGAGGCCUACAACACUAACCAAUCAGUCUCAACAGAAGGAGAUUCCUCACAACCUCUUGCAAAUGCUUGUCAAAGUAUUCAAGAAGAGAACGAAAAGGACGAGUACACACGAAUCUUAAAUAAAGCUCUGGAGAGGAGGGAGAGGUCCAGAAAAUUUUCAUCUUUCGUAAGCAAUGCCCGAGCCCGAGAUUUGCAGAGAGUGUGGGCCCCAAAGCAGCCUAAGGUAUUGAAUAGUAAGUUCGAUCCUCUUUUAAAUAAAUCGAAAAAAAAGGACAAGCGAACACCUAGUUUUAGUGUGGUGUGUGAGACUCCAAUGACAGGGAAUAAACGUGCGCACAAUGAUCUCGGAAACCCUUCUUACUCUGUUUACAAGUCUUUGUUUCAAGACAACUGAUGCACAGAUAUAGUGGAAAUUGGAAAUGCACUUGAUUUAUCUGGUUAUGUGAUUACCCUCUGUAUAACUGAUAUUAAGGACACCAUUCUUUUUUUUCUUUUCGUGUAUUGUACUAAUGAAUGUAUUUCACUGUAAAACAGUAUUUGGGUGAGUUAGGUUUCUAAUUA